GCAAGCAAACCAUACCUAACAGUGUGCUUUACUAGCAGCUCUAGGACAAUGGCAGUGCAUGAGGGGGUAUUAGUGCUGCUUCUUCUUUUAGGUUGCAGCUGUGAAGCUCAACUGAAGUCUGGGUUUCUUGUGAAGACCCCUCAAGUGGCUGCAGUUUAUCAAAAUGGAUUAGGUGCUCCCCAGGUGGUGGCAGCUGGCUAUCAGGUUGGCGCAGGGGCUCCCCAGGUGUCUUCGACCGGCUUCCAGGUUGGCGUAGGGGCUCCCCAGGUGGCUUCGACCGGCUAUCAGGUUGGCGUAGGGGCUCCCCAGGUGGCUUCGACCGGCUUCCAGGUUGGCGUAGGGGCUCCCCAGGUGGCUUCGACCGGCUUCCAGGUUGGCGUAGGGGCUCCCCAGGUGGCUUCGACCGGCUAUCAGGCUGGCGUAGGGGCAACCAAGUUGGGGGCGACCGGCUAUCAGGUUGGCGUAGGGGCAACCAAGUUGGGGGCGACCGGCUAUCAGGUUGGCGUAGGGGCAACCAAGUUGGGGGCGACCGGCUAUCAGGUUGGCGUAGGGGCUCCCCAGGUGGCUUCGACCGGCUUCCUGGUUGGCGCAGGGGCUACCAAGGUGGGGGCGACCGGCUAUCAGGUUGGUGUAGGGGCUCCCCAGGUGGGGCCGGCCGGCUUCCAGGUUGGCGUAGGGGCUCCCCAGGUGGCUUCGACCGGCUUCCAGGUUGGCGUAGGGGCUCCCCAGGUGGCUUCGACCGGCUUCCUGGUUGGCGCAGGGGCUACCAAGGUGGGGGCGACCGGCUAUCAGGUUGGCGUAGGGGCUCCCCAGGUGGCUUCGACCGGCUAUCAGGUUGGCGUAGGGGCUCCCCAGGUGGCUUCGACCGGCUUCCAGGUUGGCGCAGGGGCUCCCCAGGUGGCUUCGACCGGCUUCCAGGUUGGCGUAGGGGCUCCCCAGGUGGCUUCGACCGGCUUCCAGGCUGGCGUAGGGGGUACCAAGGUGGGGGCGACCGGCUAUCAGGUUGGCGUAGGGGCUCCCCAGGUGUCUUCGACUGGCUAUCAGGUUGGCGUAGGGGCUCCCCAGGUGGCUUCGACUGGCUUCCAGGUUGGCGUAGGGGCUCCCCAGGUGGGGGCGACCGGCUUCCAGGUUGGCGUGGGGGGGACCGGCUAUCAGGUUGGCGUAGGGGCUCCCCAGGUGGCUUCGACCGGCUUCCAGGUUGGCGUAGGGGCUCCCCAGGUGGCUUCGACCGGCUAUCAGGUUGGCGUAGGGGCUCCCCAGGUGGCUUCGACCGGCUUCCAGGUUGGCGUAGGGGCUCCCCAGGUGGCUUCGACCGGCUAUCAGGUUGGCGUAGGGGCAACCAAGUUGGGGGCGACCGGCUAUCAGGUUGGCGCAGGGGCUCCCCAGGUGGCUUCGACCGGCUUCCAGGUUGGCGUAGGGGCAACCAAGUUUGGGGCGACCGGCUAUCAGGUUGGCGCAGGGGCUCCCCAGGUGGCUUCGACCGGCUUCCAGGUUGGCGUAGGGGCUCCCCAGGUGGCUUCGACCGGCUUCCAGGUUGGCGUAGGGGCUCCCCAGGUGUCUUCGACCAACUUCCAGGUUGGCGUAGGGGCUACCAAGGUGGGGGCGACCGGCUUCCAGGUUGGCGUAGGGGCUCCCCAGGUGGCUUCGACCGGCUUCCUGGUUGGCGCAGGGGCUACCAAGGUGGGGGUGACCGGCUAUCUGAGCAAGCAAGCUGCUCCUGCUCUGGUUAAAUCUGUGACUGGAAUGCAAGUGAACCCUGAUAGUGUGAGGGUUGUAUGUGGGGAGGAUUCGGUUAUGGUGGAUGUGCUACAGGACCUUCUAGCUAUUGGCCAGCUGAUCAAUGCUUCAGACAUCACCCUUGGUGGUUGUGCACCCACUGGGCAGGAUGCUUCUGGCACAGUGAGGCUUCAGUCUGUGCUGCAGGCCUGUGGAAGUACACUGAUGAUGACUGCUGAUGCCCUGGUCUAUAGCUUUGCAUUGAUCUACACCCCCAGGGGUAUUAAUGGCCUCCCCAUUGUGAGGACCAAUGGUGCUGUGGUUGGCAUUGAGUGUCACUAUUUGAGGAAGCAGAAUGUGAGCAGCAAUGCCCUGGUGCCAACCUGGAUCCCCUACUAUGCUACAAUGGCGGCUGAGGCACAACUGAGUUUCUCACUGAGGCUGAUGGAUGAUGCAUGGCAGAAUGAGAGGGCCUCCAAUGUGUACUUCCUGGGAAGUGUCCUGAACAUUGAAGCCUCUGUCCUCGUGGGCAACAGUCAGCCCCUGCGUGUCUUUGUGGACAGCUGUGUGGCCACCUUGGUCCCUGAUGUGACCUCUGUCCCUAGCUAUGCCUUUGUGCAGAACUCUGGGUGCCUGACUGAUGCCAAGGUGACAGGAUCCCGCUCCCAGUUCCUGCCCAGAAAGCAGGAUGACAAGCUGCAGCUUCAGCUGGAUGCUUUCAGGUUCUCUCAGGAUGGCAGGAGCUCACUGUACAUUACUUGCAGCCUGAGAGCAACAGUGGCUUCUGUGCCUGUGGAUUCCCAACACAAGGCUUGUUCCUUCCCUCUUGCCGCCAACAGGUGGAUGUCUGUGGAUGGGAAUGACCAGGUGUGUGGCUGCUGUGACACCAGCUGUGGGCUUGCAGGUGUAGCAGGUGCUCAAGGCACAGGUGUUCUGGGCCCCAUUGCUAUCCAACAGGGUCCUCCCACGGCUAGUCAGCCUGGACAGCUGUAUAUUCUGAAGGGAUAGGUACCAAGCUGCAUGGUCCCAGGAUGGAAGGAGCCACCUAACUUGCCUGGCAUGUUCUGCACUGCUUGUCAUGCUGUUGCUUCCCCCUAAUGAGGUGACUGCAGUUGUGCAGGAGACCAAGGGCACUGUCUUGUGACUGAAUAAAGCACUAGUAUUUGAAA